CUCUGUCUUCUCCCAUACGCUGCACUCUUUCCCUGGGUGCCAGGCCACCAUUUUUAUUUAUACAGAUAACUCUUAAGCGGACUGUAGCGAGACCAGAGGCGAGGGCUUGGACUCCGGACUGGCGCAGAAGGUAGACACCCGGCCCAGCAGGUCUCAGUGUCGUUAAAUAUUCGAAACAAGAAACAUGUCUGAUUUUGUGGAAAGCGAAGCUGAGGAGUCUGAAGAAGAAUACACUGAGGAUGGAGAGGUGGUACAGAGGUCCAACAAGAAGUUUGUGGAAGAUGACGACGAUGAGGAGGAGGAAGAAAAUCUUGAUGACCAGGAUGAGCAAGGAAACUUGAAAGGAUUCAUCAAUGAUGAUGAUGAUGAAGACGAGGAGGAGGAGGAAGAAGAUAGAGGAAGUGCAUCUGGGGGCUCAGAAGAUGAAGUGGGCCACAAAAGGAGAAAACGCACAUUUGAUGACCGCUUGGAAGAUGAUGAUUUUGAUCUGAUUGAGGAAAACUUAGGUGUCAAAGUCAAACGUCAAAAAUUCAGGAGAGUUCGAAAGAUGUCAGAUGAUGAAGACGAGGAGGAGGAAGAUUUUGGAAAGGAAGAACAUGAGAAAGAGGCCAUUGCGGAAGAAAUCUUCCAGGAUGGAGAAGACGAGGAAGGACAUGAGCCUCCUGAGCAGACAGCUGUUGCCCCUGAUGAGGAAGAGGAGGAAGAAGAUGAAGAAUCAGAUAUUGACGAUUUCAUUGUUGAUGAUGAUGGGCAGCCUUUGAAGAAACCGAAGUGGAGGAAGAAGCUGCCAGGAUACACUGAUGCAGCAUUGCAGGAGGCCCAAGAGAUCUUUGGUGUAGAUUUCGAUUAUGAUGAGUUUGAGAAAUAUAAUGAAGAUGAUGAAGAAAUGGAAGAAUAUGAGUAUGAAGAUGAUGAAGGAGAUACUGAGACACGCGUCAGACCCAAGAAGACUGCCAAGAAACGUGUGAACCGACGCAGCAUCUUUGAGAUAUAUGAACCUAGUGAACUGGAAAGCAGCCAUCUGACAGACCAAGACAACGAGAUCCGUACUACAGAUUUACCAGAGAGAUUCCAGCUUCGUUCAACACCAGUGAAAUCAGCUGAAGACGAUGAGCUAGAGGAGGAAGCUGACUGGAUUUACAGGAACGCUUUUGCAACACCCUCUAUUUCACUACAGGAAAGCAAUGAUUACUUGGAACGUGGGCAAGUUGGUACCAGCUUCAGCAGAAAAGGACCAAGCACCAUACAGAAGAUCAGGGAAGCCCUUAACUUCAUGAGAAAUCAGCAUUUCGAGGUGCCCUUUAUUGCAUUCUACAGAAAAGAAUAUGUAGAGCCGGAAUUAAACAUCAAUGAUCUGUGGCAUGUCUGGCAAUGGGAUGAAAAGUGGACCCAGCUUAAAAUGCGGAAACAGAAUCUGAUUAGACUCUUCCAGAAGAUGCAAGCCUACCAAUACGAGCAGAUAUCAGCAGAUCCUGACAAGCCAUUAGCUGAUGGAAUAAGACCAUUAGAUACUGCUGAUAUGGAAAGACUGAAGGAUGUGAAGUCAAUGGAUGAGCUAAGAGAUGUAUACAAUCAUUUCUUGCUUUAUUAUGGCCGGGAUAUCCCUAAGAUGCAGAAUGCGGCUAAAUCCAGUCAGAAGAAGCUUAAACGUAUCCAAGAGGAAGGAGAGGAAGAAGGAGCUGAAAAUCAAGAGCAGGAAGAUGAAGAGCAGAAGGGCCCAGAUCUAAAACAAGCUUCCCGUAGGGAUAUGUAUGCAAUCUGCCAAACUGCGGGUUUAGAUGGAUUGGCCAAAAAAUUUGGUUUGACGCCAGAGCAGUUUGGGGAGAACUUGAGAGACAGCUAUCAGCGUCACGAGACUGAGCAGUUCCCAGCAGAGCCUCUAGAGCUUGCUAAAGAUUAUGUCUGCAGUCAAUUUACUACCCCGGAGGCUGUGUUGGAGGGUGCCAGAUACAUGGUUGCUCUGCAGAUUGCCAGGGAACCUCUGGUGAGGCAGGUCCUGAGACAGACCUUUCAGGAGAGGGGCAAAAUUAACAUUAGUCCUUCCAAAAAGGGACGAAAGGAAAUUGAUGAAGCCCACUAUGCAUAUGCAUUCAAAUACCUGAAGAACAAGCCAGUAAAAGAACUUCGUGAUGAACAAUUCCUCAAGAUGUGUAUUGCAGAGGAUGAAGGACUGAUUACCAUAGAAAUCUCUAUUGACAUGAAAGAUGUUGAGGGAUAUGGUAGUGACCAGAGCUAUUUUGAAGAGAUCAAGCAGUUCUAUUAUAGGGAUGAAUUCAGCCACCAAGUACAGGAAUGGAACAGGCAGCGUACACUGGCCAUUGAACGGGCCCUGAAACAGUUCCUUUACCCUCAAAUGGGCAAAGAGCUGAAAAGCAAACUUCUCCUAGAGUCCAAGGACUUUGUUGUAAAGGCUUGUAGUCGGAAGCUGUACAACUGGCUAAAGGUAGCACCUUAUCGCCCUGACCAGCAAGUGGAGGAGGACGAUGAUUUCAUGGAAGAGAACCAGGGAAAAGGAAUCCGUGUGCUCGGCAUGGCCUUUUCUUCAGCCAGGGAUCAUCCUGUGUUCUGUUCCUUGAUCAAUGGGGAAGGAGAGGUCACAGACUUCCUUCGUUUGCCAUACUUUACAAAACGGAAAAAUGCCUGGAGGGAAGAGGAAAGAGAGCGUAAGGCUAGUGAUAUGGAAACACUAAAGAAAUUUUUAAUAAGCAAGAAGCCCCAUGUUGUGGCAAUUGCCAGUGAAAACAGGGAUGCACAGAUGAUGAUUGAUGAUGUCAAGCGUAUUGUUCAUGAACUUGAACAGGGACAGCAGAUGUCCUCUGUUGGUGUGGAACUGGUGGAUAAUGAGCUUUCUGUCCUCUACAUGAACAGCAAAAAAUCUGAGAGUGACUUCCGUGAUUAUCCGCCAGUUCUGCGGCAGGCUGUUUCUAUCGCACGGCGUAUUCAGGAUCCCUUAGUUGAAUUCUCCCAGGUCUGCAGCAGCGAUGAAGAUAUCCUUUGCCUGAAGCUGCACCCAUUGCAGGAUCAUGUAGUGAAAGAGGAGCUGCUGAACUCCCUGUACUGUGAGUUCAUUAACAGAGUGAAUGAGGUGGGCGUAGAUGUCAAUAGAGCCAUUGCUCAUCCUUACACGCAGUCUCUUAUCCAGUACGUCUGUGGUCUUGGUACACGUAAAGGAACCCACCUCUUGAAGAUUCUGAAGCAGAACAACACACGACUGGAAAAUCGCACACAGUUGGUCACAAUGUGUCACAUGGGACCAAAAGUCUUCAUCAAUUGUGCUGGAUUCAUCAAGAUAGACACCAACUCACUUGGUGAUAGUACGGACUCUUACAUCGAAGUAUUGGAUGGCUCUCGUGUCCAUCCUGAAACUUAUGAAUGGGCACGGAAGAUGGCUGUAGAUGCUUUAGAAUAUGAUGAAUCGGCAGAAGAUGCUAACCCUGCAGGAGCGCUAGAAGAGAUUCUUGAAAACCCAGAGAGGCUAAAGGAUCUAGACUUGGAUGCUUUUGCAGAAGAACUUGAAAGACAGGGCUAUGGUGAUAAACACAUUACACUGUAUGAUAUUCGCGCUGAGCUUAGCUGUAGAUACAAAGACCUCAGGACGCCAUGUCGGUCACCCAAUCCUGAGGAAGUCUUCAACAUGCUGACCAGGGAAACUCCAGAAACAUUCUAUAUAGGCAAGUUGGUGACCUGUAAUGUGACUGGAAUUGCGCACAGAAGACCGCAGGGAGAAAGUUAUGACCAAGCUAUUCGAAAUGAUGAAACAGGGCUCUGGCAGUGUCCGUUUUGUCAGCAAGAUAACUUUCCAGAGCUUAGUGAGGUGUGGAAUCACUUUGAUAGCGGCUCUUGCCCUGGGCAAGCUAUUGGUGUGAAAACUCGGUUGGACAAUGGUGUUACUGGCUUUAUUCCAACAAAGUUUAUCAGUGACAAAGUGGUGAAACGUCCUGAAGAGCGCGUAAAGGUGGGCAUGACCGUGCAUUGUAGAAUUAUGAAAAUCAACAUUGAAAAAUUCAGUGUCGACAUGACUUGUCGUACAUCGGAUUUAAUGGACAAGAACAAUGAGUGGAAGCUACCGAAAGACACAUACUAUGACUUUGACACCGAAGCUGCACAUCUUAAACAGGACGAAGAACUAAAGAAAAAACAACAGCGUACAACUUAUAUAAAGCGAGUCAUUGCUCACCCCUCGUUCCACAAUAUCAACUUCAAGCAAGCUGAGAAGAUGAUGGAGACUAUGGACCAGGGAGAUGUCAUUAUCCGACCAAGCAGUAAGGGUGAAAACCACCUCACUGUUACAUGGAAGGUCAGUGAGGGAAUCUAUCAGCAUGUGGAUGUGCGCGAGGAGGGGAAGGAGAACGCUUUUAGUCUUGGGUCCACUCUCUGGAUUAACACUGAGGAAUUUGAGGAUCUUGAUGAAAUUAUAGCCCGCUUCGUGCAGCCUAUGGCAUCUUUCGCUAGAGAUUUGCUCAAUCACAAAUAUUAUCAGGACUGCAAUUCGGGAGACAAAAAGAAAUUGGAAGAGCUUUUAAUUAAGACAAAGAAGGAAAAGCCAACAUUCAUUCCUUAUUACAUCUCUGCCUGCAAAGAACUUCCUGGAAAAUUCCUGCUGGGCUAUCAACCUAGAGCUAAACCAAGGGUGGAGUACGUGACGGUGACACCUGAAGGGUUCAGAUACAGGGGACAGAUAUUUCCUUCCGUGAAUGGACUCUUCAGAUGGUUCAAAGACCACUAUCAGGACCCUGUGCCAGGUAUUACACCAAGUAGCAGCAGCAGAACUAGAACUCCUCAAUCUGUGACUGCCACCCCGGCUAACAUUAACCUUGCAGAUUUGACCCGUGCAGUCAAUGCCCUUCCACAAAAUAUGACCUCCCAGAUGUUCAAUGCCAUUGCCGCUGUGACAGGGCAGCACGGGCAGAACCCCAAUGCCACACCUGCCCAGUGGGCUUCAAGCCAGUAUGGCUAUGUUGGAGGCAGUGGAGGUGGAAGCAGUGCUUAUCAUGUCUUCACAACCCCAGCACAGCAGCCUGUGGCUACACCUCUGAUGACCCCAAGCUAUUCCUAUGCCACCCCCAGCCAGCCGAUAACAACCCCUCAGUACCAUCAGCUAGCACCCAGUGCAACACCGACCCCAGCACCUACUCCGCAGUCCUCCCACUCGGAGAGCUCCUCCAGUUCAAGGCAUCGACCGCAGUCCAAAUCCAACAGUCAUGCUGCUAUCGAUUGGGGCAAAAUGGCAGAACAGUGGUUGCAGGAGAAAGAAGCAGAGAGACGGAAACAGAAGCAGAGGUUAACUCCUCGCCCAUCCCCCAGCCCUAUGAUCGAGAGCACGCCUAUGUCAGUCGCAGGGGACGCAACUCCGCUUUUGGAUGAAAUGGACCGAUAGGAGCAGUGGAGGCUGGCGAAUAGACGUUGAAAUGGCUGAUGGAACUGUUACCGCCCCCAUUUUAUGUUUGGAAAUUGUGUAAAAUGGUUCCCAAGCUCAGAGUUGAGCCUAAUAAUGUUUUAUAGGCGGCUAUGAGAAAGGAGAUAGAAAAUAUGAUUGGACCUCCCAUGUGAUGAAUGCAAGAGAACCUUUUCUUUCUUCUCUCCCUCAUACCAAGCCUCAAAAACUAAUGAAUUCCUUAUUAUAGUAUUCUUUCACUUCCAUCGGAGGCCAAAAAGUAACUAGGAUUACUAGUCGCAGGGGAGCAACGCGUUUUCCUGCCACAUGUUUUUAUGGGCUAUGUUUUAAACCCAGAACGGGCAUCAGUUUUAUUUUUAAGCAUUGCAUACUCUGCCAAAGAAUGCAAGAGAGAUCUGAAGCAAAGAUCUCUUCACUUCUCUGCUGAAUGUGCUGGAUGAUCAGGCCUACUGGAGCUAGUUCCAAAAAAAUAAAAUCAACAAGGGCUGAAGGGGAACUUAUUAGAAAAACGCACUCGCUGCCAGAUAUUUGCGAUUGUGGUUCUCGGCAACGUGCUAUUGUUGUGUAAUGCAGCAGCUACAUUUAAAGUGAACGUGCUUAAUGCGGUAAUGAAUGCCAGCGUCUUACCCUCUGGUUGGAGUUGUUUGGGUAAAUGUAUUUAUUAUAUCCCCCACCCCCCCUUUCCCACUUCUAACUGCUUUGUUAGAGCUGGCAGUAUAGUUGCUACCGUGUGCGAGACCGCAUUACAACUAUCACAGAAAUCGUUUUAUUGACAUACCAUCGCCGCGUGAAGGUGUCUGGAAUUUCCUGUGGCGCAUAUCAGGUUUAUUUUUUUUUUUACUUUUUUUUUUUUCUUUUUUGCAAUCACAGCAGACGAAUAAAGUCUGGAUAAUAAA